CGUGACAAGCUUGAUUCUGUGUCUGUGCACUUCUGUGAUAAGUUUGUUGUCAUGUUCUGAUUUCUACUUUUUCCUUUUCUGUAUUCUAGUUCCUUAAUUCUUAGAUUCUUGAACCCUUGAGUGAUAAUUUUACAACUGUAGCUCGCGAAGUUUCAAGAUGAAAAUUACAGUGACCACUUUAAAUGAUGACAUUUUUGUCUUAGAUGUUAGUGAAGAUCUGGAACUAGAAAAUUUCAAAGCUUUUUGUGAGGUUGAGUCAGGAUUCCCUGCUCAUGAAGUGGUUAUCAAUCACAAUGGAAGACCCUUGGGAGAUAACCGAAAAUCUAUGAAAGCCCACGGAGUCACGGAUGGAGACGUCGUUAUUCUCCAGCACAUCUCAUCAAGUUCUCAGAUGGCAUUCAAUUCUCCAGACCAGAGCUUAUUAUCAAACCAGCUUGAUUUUAGUGGCAUCCAAAUACCAGGUGCUUCAAGCUCUCGACCUACAGCAGGAGACAUAAUGUCACGUGCGCCAAUGGACGACCCAGCACAUGUGCGCGAUUUGUUUCUGGCAAACCCGGAUCAGUUAGCCCUUCUGAAGCAGAACAAUCCUCGUCUUGCUGAUGCUCUUGCUACUGGAAAUUUAGAUGAGUUUGCAAAAGUUCUUAGAGAACAGUUGGAAGAAAAAGAGCGCCGACAGCAGCAAAGAAAUCGUAUGAUGAACGCUCAUCCAUUUGAUACAGAGGCACAAAGAUUAAUUGCUGAUGAAAUUAAACAGAAAAAUAUCGAGGCAAAUAUGGAGGCAGCCAUGGAGUAUAAUCCAGAGACAUUCGGUGUCGUUGUUAUGCUUUACAUUAACUGUAAAGUUAACGGGUUUCCGGUCAAAGCGUUUAUUGAUUCUGGAGCCCAAACAACAAUUAUGUCUGCUGCUUGUGCGGAACGGGUCAAUAUCAUGCGUUUAGUUGACACUCGGUGGGCUGGUAUUGCCAGAGGUGUAGGUGUCCAAAGAAUCAUCGGUAGAAUACACAUGGUUCAAGUAGCAAUCGAAAAUGACUUUUUAACAACAUCAUUCUCUGUCCUUGAGGAGCAAGCAAUGGACAUGCUGCUUGGUUUAGACAUGCUCAAAAGACAUCAGUGCUGCAUAGACUUAGAAAAAAAUGUUCUGAGAAUUGGCACUACAGGAACUGAAACUCCAUUUUUAGCGGAAACAGAACUACCGCCUUGUGCUCGAUUAUCAACAAACAUUGAUGAUCCAGAUGUUGUACGCAAAGUUGAAGAAAGAGACCUAGAAAAAGCAAUCGAAGAUAGUAAAAAGGAUAGAGCAAAUGCACCAAACUGGAAUGCAGCCUCAAGUAGUAAUAGCUCAAGAAAUAGCAGUUCUGCGAGUUCUGCACAAUCAGUGUUACCUAGUGAUAAAUUUACUGAAAACGACAUCAAGGAACUAGUCAGUUUAGGGUUCACCAGAGAACAGGUGAUAUCUGAACUUCGGAACUUUAAUGGUAAUAAAACUCAAGCAACUGCAGCAUUAUUUGCAAAAUCUCUAAAAUUCUGACAUAUACGCAGGCUUUUAGUCCCUCAAAAAUUUGCACAAUCUACUUAAAAUCAGUGUUGUGCAUACCUUACAGAUUAAAAUGUAAGGAGUAAACUGGCAAGAACAAAAAUAACAUGAGUAAUAUAUACUAGACAUUUUUUUUGGAAUACAUGCUCUGAUUUUUCUUCAGUAGGUCAUUAAUUUGUCAAUUAACUUUUUCACUUUAAUAUUUACAUCAAACAUCUGGUAACCGCGUUCUUACUAAUUUUUAAUUCUCCAUUUUUGUUUUCAUUAAUUUUUGUCCGCGCUUUGUUAACUUUACCAACUUAAAAUGGAUAGUUCAAGCAGACAUUGCCUCAAUAAUUCAAUUUUGUUUUAAUUUUGAAUCUGUAUCACUUUUUUCUCCUUUUUUUCUUCAAAAAAUUGAAUCUAAUUAAGGAAGUCUGUGUUUUCUAAGAUAAUUUCUGUAGCUUGACUACAGAUUCAUAGCCUCAUUAUGUAGGGAAAAUUCUCAUGAGACAUCUUGUCAGAAUCUCAUGUUAGCAAAACGGAUUAUUUGUUUCCAUUUCAAAAUUGAACUCACAGUUUUGAAUGGAGCAUGAAUGUUACACUCUUAACAUCCCUUCAGGGUUAGAAGGUCUCUUAAAGUUCUUUUUUACAUUGGAAAUUAGACUUUGAUUUAAUUGUCGAGAUGAAAGAUUUCAUUUGUUCUUAUCACAUGUUGUAAAAAUCUGUGACAAAGAUAGAUAGAGUGUUCCAAUUUUUAUUUCCAGUUUCUCAUUUAAGUUGAAGAUGAAUUUUUUUACUUUUAACAAAAAUGGUUUUGCUGAAAUGAUCAUAUUUGUGAAUGUUAUUUUCCUCCAUUUCAGGAAAUUACUCUGAAGGCCCUGCCAAAUUAACCACUGUUAAUUUUAUUUUUUAUGUUAAGUAUUUUUUAUACUUUUCAGAAAUGCAUUUCACAUGAAAAGAUCCGUUUUUUUCAAAUACACUUAAGAUUUAAAUUCGCUGGAAGGACUCUUGAAUUUUUCUAAACUCAGGUGACAGUAAUUUCUGGAUUCUUUAAAACAUUAGGUAGCUAUUCUGUCCAGUGAGUCAAAUUUUACAUAGAGCAUAUCAAAAAAUAUGUUUGGCAUGUAUGCCAAGCACAAGAUUUUAAUUAUGUUUUUGUGUAAAAAUUUAAGGUAUUUUUUUGUUUUUCUUAUUUUUCUCUUGCUGUAGUUUCAUAUGCCUUUCUAUCGCAACAAAAUAAAUAUUGUUACGACAUACCUAACCAAGUUAGAGUUCAGGUAGUGUUCAUUUGGUAUAAUUUCCCAGCAGGUUGUUGUUUUGUGAAAACAAUUGUUUUCACAAGUCAUAACUAAGAUUGUAAGAUUUUAAUUUUGUAAAUUCUGACUAGAAAUGUUUUUGAAGAUUUCAUCGAACCAAAUUCAAUAAAGAAAUUGCCAUCUCGGCUAUCAUUAUUCAUUGUUGCUGGCAUGAAUUAUGAGGGGCACGUUCACCUCUCCUCUCAGAAAACUUUAUCAUUGUAUUGCCUUGUUACAUCUACAACACCAGUGGCUUUUAUCAAGUAUAAACUCUAGCUUGUCUUGCACAGGCUUUCUAUCAAUGUCUGGUAUGGAAUAAAGAGCCCUUCAUCAGCGCAUUUGCGAAGGUUGUUUUCUGAAUGUCAGUUUCUCAGUCUUAUUUCUUUGCAACUAUUUAUGAAAAUGAAUGCAAUAAUGAAAAAUGAUGUGUCUGUCUUACUUUCAGCCCCCCAACGAGCUGAAGAAGUUGAAAAUUGGCUCAUUAUUAUGUUAAGAAAAUCCAUUUUACCGAGUGAAUCUCCGUGUGUGUCCAGAAGUGAGGAUCCCUGCAUCAGUGUUUUUUGAGUGGCUCUCCACAUUCUGUAGCAACCAUUCAGAAUUUUUUGGAUAAUUUUAUGCAGGGGCACUUUUUCUCAUGCUUUCUCGUUUUAAAUUCAGCUCCUUUUUGAUUUUCAACUUCUUCAGGAAAUGAAAUCUGAUAACAAAGGUAGUAAGUUUGUCACCCACGAUGAGAUGAAGAAAGCCUUUUUUCCUGGUUUUGAAGACUUCAGAAAGCAAAAGUGCGUGGACACAUGAAGAGACUAAUUUGAAAUGUGAGACAGGCUCUUGACAAUUUUUUAUUUUGAAGACAAUUGAUUUUUUUUUUUGGUUCCGAUAUUCUGCGGGAAGUAAAGGUCGAAAUUACAAUCUUGGAUCCGUUCUGAGAGGAGGUUGGUCCAUCAAAACAGACUUUCUCAGCUAACUGAUUGGCCAAUUUUCAACUUUUUCAGCCCAUUGAAGAGCCGAGAAUAUGAUUGAUUUAACCUUUUUUACAGCAUUUAUUCAUCCUUAACUAAGAGAAAGGAGACGAAUUUAUUGCUGGAAUGGCUAUUAUUCAUUGUAGUGGGGGAAAAAUUUUCCUUUAAAUAACCUUGUUGAAAAUUGCAAAAUUCUAUGUUACUGUAAUAAUUUACCCAAACCUACCAAAGUUUCAUUUUUGUUGUUGACAAAGAUUAUACUUGUUAAAACGACUGAUUUCAAACAAUUACCAAUUUCUUAGAUUUAAUGAACAAUCAGACCAUUUGUGAAGUACAGCACACUUGUAAAUAAUUUUCGUCAUUGAACUGCACUGCAGUGAAUUGUGGAUAGAAGGAAAUUGUUUUUUUCUUUAUUUCUUUUUUCCCCAAUAACAAUUUAUUUUUCCUAGACUUAACUGGUUCCAGUAUCAGCUCUAAAUAGCAUAACUUUUUGGGAGUCAAAAUAAGCGUUAAAUAAAUAUGCCUCUUUUCUUCUCUUUUUUUUCAUGGUUUAAAAUUCAUUUUAUCCUGUAAUUUUUUGAUUAUGUAUUUACAGUGUUUUGUCCCCCCCCCUCCCUCUUUUCUUUUAUAUGGCAUAAAUUGCGCGUGUUUUUAAUGAACAGCCAUCAAUUAAUAAAAAAGGUGUGCAAAUUUA